UGAAGUAGUUGGGGUACGACGACGACCACCACCAGUGGUAUCGGACGUAUUGAUAGCAUCAAUACAAGAUAGUAUCUCUCUCCUGAACAAACUCACGACACACCAAGGUGAGAAAAUCGCCUCCUUGACAACCAAGUUGGAUGAAGCGAGGGUUGAGAUCGAGCAGCUUAAAGAGGAGUUGAUAAGUGAGCUAAAAGGUGAGUUAAAAGGUGAGUUAAAAAGUAAGCUGUCGACAACAAAAAGGAGGUUGAGCACCUUGGAGGAGAAACAAGCUGAGUUGAUUAAUGGAGCAUCCUCGUUCAACAGUAAGAUGACGACCACACAAGGGAAAGUGGAUACCUUGGAGGAGAAACAAGCUGAGUUGAUUAAUGGAGCAUCCUCGUUCAACAGUAAGAUGACGACCACACAAGGGAAAGUGGAUACCUUGGAGGAGAAACAAGCUGAGUUGAUGAAUGCAACAUCCUCGUUCAACAGUAAGAUGACGACCACACAAGGGAAAGUGGAUACCUUGGAGGAGAAACAAGCUGAGUUGAUGAAUGCAACAUCCUCGUUCAAAAGUGAGAUGACGACCACACAAGGGAAAGUGGAUACCUUGGAGGAGAAACAAGCUGAGUUGGUGAAUGCAACAUCCUCGUACAACAGUAAGAUGACGACCACACAAGGGAAAGUGGAUACCUUGGAGGAGAAACAAGCUGAGUUGAUGAAUGCAACAUCCUCGUUCAACAGUAAGAUGACGACCACACAAGAGAAAGUGGAAACCUUGGAGGAGAAACAAGCUGAGUUGUUUAAUGGAGCAUCCUCGUUCAACAGUAAGAUGACGACCAUGCAAGAGAAAGUGGGUACAUUGGAGAAUAAAGCCAAUGCUGCAUCUGUGGAAUUAGAGCAUAUUUCAUGGCUGAAAGGAUCGUUUUGUUUCUUAAGUAGUGGGGGAAGUUGUCCGGCGGGAUUUACUAGAUAUGCUGCGUUUAUAGGCGGAAUAUACACUCAUAGGAAUACAGGAGGGUGGAUGAUACCUGCAACAUUCGGAGACAGCAACGUUAGGUGUCCCGGUGGUAGUUGCUCAUCCAGUAGCGCAGGCUUCAACGCACAUCUCGCAAUAUAUUCCUGUUGCAAAUAGAGGAUCAGAAAACAAUAGGGACUUAUGAACACAGUUCACAGUUGGAAUGUGUUGUAAUGAUUGUCAAUGAAAAAUAACGGUAGAAAUCAAGAAGUGCAUGUUAUAGCAAAUUCUAAUAUAUGACUGAUUCUAAUAAAUAACUGAUUGUUUGAAUUCCUAAAUUUCACAAAUUUUGGAGAUUGUUUGAUAAGGUACAUUUUGUAUUGAUGACGAAAU